AUGGUUACGACUAACAUCGUUCCUGGGGAAGGCAUUGACAACAAUUUUGUAUUGGGAAGCUCGCUUUAUGAUACAGUUUCACGAAUGAGAAAAUACAAGGAGCCUUUGAAGAUAUCCUAUAGUUCCAAAGCCUACCUCGACACGCCCAUUUUGGUAACUUUACCUAACUUGGCGGUUCGCCUCAUGUUCCACAGCUCAGGCAACCAAGAACUUAUGCUCAUCGAAGUGUUAGAUUUUUCCCAUAGCAAAUUGUGUUACAAGGGAACGUACUUGAACGAUAUUGUGUACACAUACCCCUCAGACGAGGAACUCUACACGAAUGGUCAAAAUAUUGCCAGAAAGAAACAAGUUCUGCCGUGCACACUUAAACACAUUUACAACAAAGUCUUUGGGCCGACUUUCCCUGGUAUUUUGGACUGGAAACGCAAAACGUAUAUCCUCAGCUAUCCAGGCAUCGCCUUCCGCUUUUCUAUAAACCUGGCGGACUUGUUGGGUCGCGUUCUGAAAUUGACAGAUAGCAAUGAUAUUUUGUCUGCCUUGACGAACUGGGAUCAACCUACUGAUAUUCUUUGCCAAUCGUUAUCAAUUUAUAAAGGUGAGAGCUAUCCCGAAUUCCAUCAAAGGCUAAGACUUCUUCUGAGAUCAAAUCUAGUAAAUUACGAACCAAAAGUAUCAGAAAUUACCGUGAAAAACGUGAAAGUUGAUUUGGAAAGGGGGAUAGCAGAAUUGGAACGCAGUCUUGAUGGGCCAUUACCAGCAGCAGUCCUAACGAUUGGAAGAACCACACAACAGGAUAUCAUCCGGCUUCUUGGUCCCCCAGAUGCUUGCUUUAACAAGUUCGACUCGCGUUUACUGAUACACAAGCACCUCAAGACAAUUGGUGUGUCAUGUGAGAAUCCAGGGUCAGUGUACAAGCUCCACAAUUAUUUCCGCCAUGGUAUCGAUUACUUGUACAAUUUGAAUGCGGCGCACCAAAGUGGUGGCGUAUUAGAGAAAAUAAUCAUUCAUAAUGGCGGGAUAGCCGAGUCCAUGGAUUUUCUACAGUGGAACAAAUGCAACUGGAAAAUCCUGACAGGAACAGAAUCUCCUUCAGUUGUGGAUUCUUCGAUGUACUUCAGCGAUUUCGGUUCCGAUUUUUUGGAAAAAGUGGAUAAAAACAAGACUGGACCUGUCUUAUUGAAUAGGAAUGAGUCUGAGAUAGUCAGUGGAGAUGAUAUGGAAUUCGUGGAAUUACCAGAGAUCGAACGUUUACUGAUAAAUCUGCUCAGCCUGGAUAGCUGUGAAAAUUACAAAACAUGGGGACAGCUGAAGCUAUACGGAUUUGACAGGUGCAUCUUCGAAGUCGUGAGCACUAAUAACUGUGUUUCUAUUGUUACUGUCUACUAA